AACACCAGGAAAGACACGUAAUAGUAAUGAAUGAUUCUUAUUACACAGCUGAACGAGAGGCGAAACUUGCAGAGUACUCGAUCGACAAGCCGCAUUUUUCUUCUGCAACUGGACAAAAAAAUUAAAAUGAAAAUUCAGUUUAAAGCUUCAUAUUCGCUAUAGAAGAUAGAGAUUGAGGAUGUAAACACCAAGGACGUCCUCAAUGUUAAGUGAUAAGAUUGACAAACGUAAGAAGUUUCCAUUUAUAUACAGGAUAUAUUCGUAUUUCCGGUAAGAUUCAAAUGUACCUACGUAACACAGUCUUCACAUUAUUGAUAACCAUACUGCAACAAAUAUCUCAUCUUGUGGAUGCAUCAUGUAGUAACCCAACAGACGUUCGUGAUGUCACUGCCACAGCAUCUGCCAGGAGACUUUUCUUUCCACUUUCAGAUGCACCGUCCUCCACGUAUGACGUUUGUUACGACUGGCGGAUUACGGCACAAGUCGGGGAGGUAUUGGAGCUGUACUUAGUAAUGGCGACUCAGUACGACCAGCCCUGCACCGUGGGAAGAUCCUGUCUCUACAUAUACGACGGUUACAACUACUCGGCGAUAUUCGGGUACAGGAAGCUGAGGGAGGAGGAUGGAAACGUCACGGACGCCCUGCGUCUGGCUUAUCCGACCCACCAGUCCGUGUUCAUUCGCUUCUACACCUAUGAAAAUAGCAGUUUUGUCCUACAACACCGAUCCAGAAAUGAUAUUGAUGAUGGUGGGUUUGCCACGGAACAGAAAAGGACCGUGGGUAUCGCUAUAGUGUCUUGUGCAGCGGCUCUUGUGGUCAUCAUCAUCACGAUCUUCACCAUCCUCGCCUGCAGCAGGGAGAGAGGUAAAGAGACAGACAGCCAGAGCGGGCUGGUUAACGAGUCAUCGAGGGUACAAGACAACGAGAACAACCUGUUCCGGAGGACAAACAGGAGAUUUAGCAUGUCCAUGCUCUGAUUGUUACUAUGCUAUAACGAUAUCAUUGAACUGCAGUAACAGAAUACCUUUCUGGAAAAUAAAGAUUUGAAGACUAA